CCGGAGCGUCGACCGGUUUUUCUGCCGCUCCUUGCCGAUUCGGUGAGUUGGUCGUAGCAGUUCGGCGGACUCGUGUGUUUGUUUGCAGAAGUGUGCCAGUAGCGUUCAGCGGUCUUGUACCGCCAUAAGCAGGAAGGAAAGGGAGUGAUCACUGAUUGCUCCCCUCGCCGAAGUUCGGCGCUCGCCUUUCCACACCAGAGCCCAAUGAAUAUGCGGAGAUGACCAUGAAAGGAACACCCGCAGUCGCCCUUAGCCUCUGCAUCGGGCUGUUGCUGGCUGUACAACGGUGUGCUUGCCAGAUCACAUUGUUCCGGCAAAGUCCAGAGACGGUGUAUGGCAUGGAGGGUGAAACGGUGACGCUGAAGUGCGGCGGUAGUGUACUCAGUGGUCAGUUACUUGCCGUCCUGUCCUGGAGGAAGGACAACAUCUUCAUCAGCAACAGCUCUAAUGCCAUGGCCAUCACUGGGACAUCCGCAGCAACCAACGCGGUGAUCAGCACGCUCACGAUCAGCAAUGCUCGACCAUUGGACCGUGGUUGGUACUCGUGUGUUGGACAGAACACACAGCACUUUGCUGCAGUCGACUUCAACGUCGACAUCCAAGAACCAGUGAAGAUAUUGUCAACGGCAAUGAGAUCGCUGCAAGUUGUGAUGGGCAGUCAAGUCUUACUGCCGUGCAUUGUGACCGGCUAUCCGAGUCCUAGCAUUUCUUGGAGCAAGGAUGGCGUAGCUUUGACAGCGAGUAAGAAGAUAGGCAUUGAUUCCAGUCUCGGAUGGCUGACUGUUGAGGCUGUGAACUCCCUGGACGAGGGAAACUACACAUGCACAGCAAGCAGCACGCUAAAGCAGCUGGACAGUGCGCAGCAUACAGUCAUUGUCUUGAUCGAAGCUCCUCAAGCGGGCAGAGGUCGCCCGGUCAGCUUCAAUGCCAGCGUCACGCAGGCACGCAUCAAUGAAGUGGUGAGAAUACCAGCCACGAUCCUUCCUGCGACCACCGGCCCUAUUGCGUUCCUGUGGGAGCAGGACGGUGUGGUGGUGCGCACCGAGCAGACCCUGGCAGGGACCGCUGGACGGGUUAUCCAGGUUGCUCUGCCGGUCACAGUCACAUCUCUAGCCGACGCCGGCGUUUAUACAGUUGUGGUGGAUGGUAACAACACCGCCGUUGCUGGUGCUCUUGAUGUCAUCUCUGAUCCAGUAGUAACGCCAUUCACCGCACCGAAGCUCUUCGUGAUAGCCACAACACCCACACGCCGUGCCUAUGUAGGCUGCAGAGUGACCGGUCGUCCCGCGCCAGCGUUGAGUCUGGCCAGCAGUGGCAUCACGAUAGGCGCAAGCAGCAGCACGGGCCUGAUUCUGGCUACUAAGUCCGUCUUGGCCAGUGACGAUGCUGUGACGUACGUGUGCACCGGCGGGACACAGACGGCCAGCAUUUCCCUUGAUCAAAUCAAUUCCUGUGGAGGAUCGUCAACUAACCACAUCACCAAUCCCACCGGAACCAUGGCGCCAAACGUUGCCUGGAAUACUUCACAACCGGUUGGACUUGGUGGAACCACUCUAACAGGUAAUAGAUACUUUACAGUAACGGCUCGUCCAGGACUUGGCUCUGGCUCUCUGAGCAGAUACAUGAAGAUCACGAUCGGCCUGGCUAUUGUCUCUUUCAGCUUUCGAAUGAGGGUCGAGGCGUCCAGUGGAUCAGCUGGCGCGCAGGCUGUGGCAACUAUGGACUUCUUGCAGCGUGGACCGGCUGAACUGCCCGUGUCCGAUGCGGCUCUGCACCAGCGUGUGUUCACGACCACAUCGGAGCAGUGGACCUGGAUUCACCAGAACAUCAGUGCUCCUCCAGACUCGCUGGUGCGUGGAGUCAAGCUCACUCUUUCCACUCAGCUUCGAGCUAAUGCCACGGCAUCGGUCACAGCAGAUUUUGACUCGUUUUGCGUGAGAUUCUUCGUCCUUGGAACCGCAAAACCUGCCUUUGUGUCACAAUUUGCAACAUCCUACCCGGUCUACAUCAACUAUCCGAUCACGCUGGACUGCUCGGCGGAGGGCAAGCCAACCCCGACGUACGCCUGGACUCGCAACGGGUCUCCAGUGCUUGGCCAGACAUCGUCCAAGUUCACAUUCACACCGCUCUCCAAGCUCGAGGCAGGCAGAUAUGGCUGUACAGCAACAGUGACCAGCCCUAACGUGGGAAUCAUUGGCACGAGGGUUCAAUCUACUCUUGUUCUAGUCAAUGAAGUCACUCAGCCAAGUGUACUGCCGACAGAUUUCAACUCAACAGAUGCCGUGAAACUGAAGGCGGUGAACCUGACGUGUCCGAUCACCGGCGCACCGCUGUCGUUCACCUGGCUGAAAGGUGUGUCGGUCGUGACCAAUGUCCCAGGACGUGUGGAAUGGUCACCCGGCUCCAGUGUACUCACCGUGUACAGUGCUGUGUUGAAUGACGCCGGUGUGUACGAAUGCAGAGCCAACAACACCGCCGGAACAGCCAACGCAUUUGUGACGCUGCGUGUGUUCACUGCUCCUGAAAUACAGGCAGGCCGCAACUUAAACAACUCCAAGAGGAUUUCCCUAGGCACAAGAGUGACGCUACUGUGUCCUCUUGUUGGCGAUCCGGAACCUGACAUCACUUGGUAUGUGGGUGGUGUGAAUGCCAUCACACUGAACAGCCUCGAUGCCGUCGUCAAUACCACGGCCAAGGCGCUGUACUUCCACUUUACCGGCGCUUUCCCCGACCCCACUCUCAUCACGUGCGUGGGAACAAACUCGUAUGGUGUGGGAGGCCCGGUGCGUUUCACCCUGGGUACAACUGUUGCAGAGCCAACCACAGCUGUGACACCAACAACCACCGCCACAGACAUCGUUUGGUAUAAACGUCUCGAUCCAUACGGUCUGCUGGAGUACUGGAUCUGGAUUUGCAUCCUAGCCGGUGUCCUGGUGCUGCUCUUGCUUCUCAUCAUCUGCUGCUGCCGCUACUGUCAGAAGAGAAAGACAAGACUGUUCGAACACAGGCCAAGUACCAGAAAGGUGCUGAGGACAUCUCGUUUAUUGCUCUAAACCCGGUGGCGUACAACGGGCCACCAGAACCACCCAUGUCGUCGCAUCCUAGCCAGUCGGGAAAUCCUUACCAGCCCAAUCCAGUUCAGAACGGCGGACCACCGCCACCCUCGUACAAUGCCACCAUGUCUGCGGUAACACUCGGGGCGGCAGCUGGUGCCAGUGGUGCGCCACCACCACUUCCCAGCAUGAACAGUCACCCGGCUCUCCAGCGCGAGGCCUCGCAGCGUGCGGCCACCAGGGCACCGCUGGACCUGGACGAGGAGAUCGACACUCAGGACUACCUCGUGCCCGAGGGGGAGGACGAGAUGGCCUCGCGUCCUCCAGCGCCUGUCCCGGGUGCAAUGGGCGGUGGUGGACCGGCCGAAAGUCCCCUGGCACCACUGAUGCAGCAGCAGCAGCAAGAUUACGUCAAUGUCGAGGCACGGCCGCCUGCCCCAUUGCCAGGGACGGAGAAUUACGAAAAUUUCAAUCCAUGACGAGGCGCUACACACUCAAGAAUGAUAAUCUCAUGAUAAUGAAACCUGGUCACACUAUGCUGCAUGCUCACAGGUAAUGUCGUACUACUUGCAUCAUCAUACUAGGUACAAUUUCAUGGCAACUCGUUGCUUUCCUCAUAUGAUUUGUUUAUGCGGGUAACAUGCGACCUGUUCAUAUUAAUAAUUAUUAUUGCUUUCCUUUAAUGUGUAGAAGUGCACAGCGCACGGAUACACAACCUAGUCACCAGACUACAGCUAUUGAAUAGUACACAGUAAGAUUAUGGGGCUAUUUACCAAUUGACUUGUCCAUAUUCAUACCACCAGUGUCAUUUAAAGGUUUUGGCUAAGUAGGAAUAAUACUUUAAAUUGGUAUUCACACGAUACGCUAUGAUCAGGGGCAACUGAUUCUUCCUUUCCAUGAUAAUAACCCUUUCGAAUAUUCCAAUUUUUUUUAAGCCAG